AGAUAAUAUCCAGCCAAUAAAACGAUUCUGUGCAGCGUGCCCUUUCUGAAACUUCCGCAGAGUUUGUGGGAUCUAGCAGUUUCUUUCGUUCGUGCUAUAAAUUUGCGAACACGUUGUUACAAGCUUCUCGCAUGUUUACAGUUUUAUUAAUAUGAUAUUUUAAUAGACACGUGCGUUUGUCUAAACAUGUUAACAACAAAGAUUUUUUUUAGAAAGACGAAGGGAGGCAAUAUAUUUAAGACUGUCAGAGAACAUUAUCUCAGAGAUGAUAUUUGUUGUGGUUUACAAAUGUGUGAAAAAUGUAAAGGAAGGCCUCAGGAUAUGAUCCUAGAUAAAAAAGAUGCUGGUGCAAAAUCUUCUUUAAUUCCUACUCCCUAUUAUCUUUUACUUGAUACAAAUGUAAUUCUAGAUCAAAUAGAUAUAUUAGAAGAAGAUGUUAUCACUAACGUAAUCAUUACACAAACUGUGUUGGAAGAAAUUCGACAUAAAAGCUCCACUGUAUAUAAAAAAUUGAAAAAUAUCAUAUCAGAUACAAGAAGGAAAUUUUUCAUCUUUAUUAAUGAACAUCAUCGAGAAACAUACAUUGAGAGAGAACCUGGUGAAAAAGCAAAUGAUCGUAAUGAUAGAGCAAUAAGAGUUGCGGUUCAAUGGUACAAUAAUCACUUGAAUUUUGACGAUCACAAUGUAAAGGUUGUCUUAUUAACAGAUGAUGUAAAAAACAGAGAACUUGCAAGUAGAGAUGGAAUAUUUGUUGCAUCAAUGGAAGAUUAUGUUGCAUCCUUGGAAGAUGCAAAUUUUUUGCUGGAUAAGUUAUGCAAACGUUCUUACACUUUGGACUCGCAAGGACCAGACCUGUUUCCCUGCCACUUACCACCUGCGGAAAUUCAUGACGGUAUAUCAUCCGGCAAAUUAUUGCAAGGAACAUUCCUGGCAUCGAGAGAAAAUUUUCUCGAAGGAAACGUGAACGUUGAAGGAAGAGAAAAAGCUAUCUUUGUGCAAGGACGAACUAAUCUCAACAGGGCAGUAGAUAGUGAUCUAGUUGCGGUUGAGCUUCUACCAGAUGAUCAAUGGUCGUUCCCUAGUGAAAUUGUCCUGCAGGACGAAGAAGUUGCAGAUGCUGACGAUAUCCCGGAAGAUGAGAAGGAAUUUGCUAAGCAGAGUGUAUCGAAAGCAAAAGAUAAAAUACCGACGGGCAAGAUUGUUGGUAUUAUCAAGAGAAAAUGGAGACAAUAUUGUGGGAUAUUGCAACCAGGUGCAAUUAAAGAAAAUGUGAGACAUUUGUUUAUCCCGGCUGAGAGGAAAAUCCCCAAAAUAAGAAUAGAAACCAGACAAGCUGAGAUACUAAGCAAGCAAAGAAUAAUCGUAGCACUGGAUUCGUGGCCGCGAAAUUCGAGAUAUCCGCUUGGCCACUUUGUACGAUCACUCGGUAAUAUAGGAGACAAAGAGACGGAGAAUGAAGUGUUGCUUUUGGAACACGACGUUCCGCACAGCCGGUUUUCCGAUGCCGUUCUCAGCUUUCUCCCAAGGCUACCUUGGAUCAUUACGGAAGCGGACAUCGCGCAAAGGGAGGAUCUUCGACAUUUAGACAUCUGUUCGGUGGAUCCACCUGGCUGCACUGACAUCGAUGAUGCAUUACAUUGCAGAGAAUUACCAAAUGGUAAUUACGAUAUCGGUGUACAUAUUGCUGACGUGUCGCACUUCAUAAGACCCGGCACCGCGCUGGACAAGGAAGCGGCUUUACGCGCCACCACUGUAUAUCUCGUCGACAAACGAAUCGAUAUGGUUCCAGAAUUACUUAGCUCAAAUCUUUGUUCCCUGAGAGGUAAGGAGGAAAGGUUUGCAUUUUCUUGUAUAUGGGAGAUUGAUUCUAAAGCAAAUAUAAUCAGUACAAAAUUUUGCAAGUCUCUCAUUUGCUCACGCCAAGCCAUGACGUAUGAGGAAGCACAAUUAAAGAUUGACGAUGCCACCCAGCAUGAUGCUAUCACACUUUCAUUGAGAAGAUUAAACAAAUUGGCGAAAAAGCUGAAGAAGAAACGUAUAGAUAAUGGCGCUUUAACCUUAGCGUCACCUGAGAUACGUUUCCAAGUGGACAGCGAGACGCACGAUCCUAUUGACGUGGAAGCGAAGAAAUUGAGAGAGACCAAUUCCAUGGUGGAGGAGUUCAUGUUGCUCGCGAACAUCAGCGUUGCCGAGAAGAUACUGGCAGAAUUCCCAGAAUGCGCUAUGUUGAGGAGGCAUCCUGAGCCGCCGCUGAGCAAUUUUGAGCCGUUAAUUAAAGCUGCACAGAAUCAGGGCUUCACCAUAAACAUAAACACCGGUAAGGAACUGGCGCAAUCGUUGGAAGGAGCCCGAAAGGAGUCGAAUCCUUACUUCAAUACAAUGCUGAGAAUAUUAGCUACGCGAUGUAUGAUGCAAGCGGUGUAUUUUAUCAGCGGGAUGCAUCAACCACAAGAAUUUGCGCACUACGGACUGGCGUGUCCCAUCUACACGCACUUCACGUCUCCUAUUCGAAGGUACGCGGACAUAAUCGUGCACCGCUUGUUAGCCAUGUGCAUAGGCGCUGAAGCAACUUAUCCGGAAUUAUUGGAUAAGAAGAAGAAUCAUUUGCUGUGCCACAAUCUGAAUUACCGGAAUCGAAUGGCUCAAUACGCCGGCCGGGCCUCAGUCGCGCUUCAUACACAUCUAUUCUUCCGGGGCAAAGUUCAGGAUGAGGAAGGGUACAUUCUAUUUGUACGGAAAAACGCAUUGCAAGUGCUCAUACCAAAGUAUGGUUUAGAAGGAACGCUGUAUUUAAAUAAUUCUACUGCACCGUUCACGCACAAUCCCGAGGAUCAGUCUCAAACCUGUGGAGAUGUUGUAUUUCGAGCGUUUGAUCCUAUUGUUGUGCAAAUGAGUUUGGACAGAUCUAAUGUACAACACGAGAAAUUGUUCUUCAAGCUUGUAAAACCGGAGAUACCAGGUUUUAGCGUUCCUCCAUUAAAUACAAAAGUCACCGGUAACCCUGAGGAGAAUUCGACAAAAGAAACAUUAAAACGCAAAGCAGAAGAGCAACAAGAGCCCAACAAAAUUAGUAAUAAGAAAGCGGGGAAGAAGAAGAAGAAAAAGAAGAAUUAAUCUUAUCUCCUUUAAAAGAGAAUAUAUUUCAUAUGUAUUAUGUAAGAUAAUACUUAAAAUAAUACCUAAGGAACAUAAUGAACACACGUCAUUGUUUUAUAAAAAUUAUAUUCUCUUGCUGUAUAAUUAUAGUUGAACAUUUUAUUCACAAUUUACAAAAUCUUUAUAACAAGACAAAAAAUUGUUAAUGAAUUAUUAGACAAUAUUCACAUAGAAAAAAGAUUUACAUGUACAAGUUAAAUAAUUUCUCUCAUUGCGAGUUAAUUAUCACAUAGACGAAUAUAACGAAGAGUGUGGGAGAGAUUGAAAAAUAGGAAAAGAUUAUUUUGCUUUUCCAAUAAUAACCAAGAGUAAAAUUCUAUAAUUUAUGAUGUAUGCGCAAUUUUUGCAAUUAAAUAGUUAAAAACCA